UGAAUUUGAAUUUUGAUUCUACAUUUUUCUCCUGCUCUGUCCAGGACCCUCUGUUGUGAUCCCUGUCAGAGUGGUGGUAGCCAGGUACUAUCUAGUUCUUCUGGGUUUAGGUUGCUGGAGGCUGUGGUUCACGUGGUCCAUCAGUCCUUUGGACUAAUAUUUUCCUUUGUCUUUGGUUUUCUUCAUUCUCCUUUGCUUUGGGUGGGAUGGGACCAAUCGAUGUGUCUGAGAUGACUGCUCCCAAGCUCUUAAGACCCCAAAUGCUAGUCACCAAAGUAGGAUGUAGAAUAUUUUCUGUAUUAACUAUGUUGUGCCAGUUGAUCCAGAUGUUCCCCAAGACCAUGGUCCCCAGCCCUCAGGUGAGUAACUCUGCCCCUCAAGGCAUUUGGAUGUGUCUAGGAAGCUUCUAUGACUUUGUCUUGGUCAGGUUGGCCUGACUUCCCCUGUAUUGUGAUUGUGUGUUGUCUUUCCCUUCACCAAAGCUAAUACUUGUCUACUACCUAGUUAGUGAUUUCCCCUCCCCAUCCCUUCCCUUCCUUGUAACCAUCAAAAAUUGUUUUUUUCUGUGUGUAAACCUAUUCUUGGGUUUUGUAAUAGUGGUCUUAUACAGUAUUUUCCUUUUGUGAUUGACUUAUUUCACUCAGCAUAAUACCCUCCAGAUUCAUCUAUGUUGUGAGAUGUUUUGCGGAUUCAUCAUUGUUCAUUAUCAUUGUGCUUUAGUCCAUUGUGUGUAUGUACCGUAAUUUGUUUGUUUAUUCAUCUGCUGAUGGACACAAGUUGUUUCCAUCUUUUUGCUAUUGUGAAUAAUGCUGAAAUGAACAUGGGUGUGCAUGUGUCUAUUCGUGUGAUGGCUCUUUUUCUCUAGGAUAUAUUCCUAAGAGUCGGAUUGCUGGAUCAUAUGGUAUUUCUAUUUUUAGCUUUUUAAGGAGGUUCCAUAUCUUUUUCUAUAGUGGCUGUACCAUUUUACGUUCUUAUUAGCAGUGCAUAAGAGUUCCAAUCUCCCCACAACCUCUCCAAUAUUUGUUAUUUUCUGUUUCUUAUAUUUGUGCCAGUAAUGUCGGGGUGAGAUGGUAUCUCAUUGUAGUUUUAAUUUGCAUUUCUCUAAUGGCUAAUGAUCAUGAGCAUUUCCUCAUGUGUCUGUCAGUCACCUGAAUGUCUUCUUUGGUGAAGUGUCUGUUCAUAUACUUUGCCCAUUUUUUAAUUGGAUUAUUUGUCUUUUUGUUGAGGUGUUGAAGUGUUCUACAGAUUUUAGAGAUUAGACUGGAAAUAUAAUUUUUUUUUUUUCUCUCAUGACUUCGAGAACUAAUUCUCAAACCAUGGCAUUUCCACUGGAGACCAAAGAUAGAAGUAAACAUUGGUAGUGAUAAUGCAACCUGGGAAGCUCUCUCUUUUUGUCAUACCCGGGUUGAACCGUUUAUGCAUAUCUCAACUCUAAAAAUGAUAGUUGCCAUUGUAUUAGUUCUGCAGGCAUUUAAAGAUUAAUAGGAAAAUGUGUAUUCUUGCGUAAAGACAGUAAAGGAUGGGUAUUAGUCAACAUAAGAAUCUUCCCCUUGGUAUGGUGGUGUGGAGAAUCAGUAUGUCUGCUACUGGUUUCUGGUCUUUUCUGCGCUUUCUCAAGUGUCCUGUCUCUCUUCUUUGUCUCUGAUCUCAGGGGCAGGUGAUUCCUCACUGUAGAUUCUUUUCUACAAAUAAGCUGUACUUCAGAGGUUGUAGGCGUUCAUGUCACAGACUUGCAGCAAUUGCCAGUUGCAAAGGAGGAUGAUUUGGAUGAGAAGUUGACAAAAAAGCUCUUGAACGUGAAGGAAUCACACCCUGCCCAGCUACUGUUCUGUAGAGUAGUGGACAAGGCAGGAGGUGGGACUGACCUCUUUAAAAGAGGCUAAACUUCUUGACUGGGGCUUUCCAAAAGGAUGGCUUAAGUUAGCAAAUACUGUCCGAAUUUCCUGGGCUUCCUGGAAUUCUACUCAAGAAUUCCAGACACUCUAGUAAAAAUUGCCUGGUGGCAGAGAUUUUGAGAACAAUAGAUAGGGAGGGUAUAUGUAAAAAAACAAUUUCAAGUGAGAUAUGAGAAUAGAUUCUAGGUUUAUAAUUAUUACUAAUUCCUGUUGUCUGGGUGUCUCUCUUUAGCCCCCUGAGCCCAGUAUCGUUUUGUCUGGAUUCCUAAGAAAUCCAUACUCUUCCCCCAUGCUCGCUAUGUGACUAGCUUCUCAGUUACACUGUAUUGCAUGGAAUUACAUUUUUCUGCAGGUUUUUCACUAAACACCUCUUUCCUCUCCUCUGGGGGGGAAGUCCCCUUAGUCUGGGAGCUCACUAGUCUUUAUUGUUAAUGUCUCAUAAAUUCCCCUUUAUCAAAAAACAUCUAUUUUGUCAAUAGAAUACCUUCCAUUCAGGAACAAUGACAGGGAGAGAUUAUCUCGGAGGCUGAGAACACAAGACCCCAAUAUCAGGGGAAAUAUUAAAGUAUGCUUCCAGAUGUUUUCAAAUAUAUAGAGACGAACACUGGCCAUCUAAAUAAUUGAUUCUCCACCAACUAUUUUCUACCCAGUCAUGCCCUUAAUGGCAAAACAGUUAAUAAAUUCAGUGAAAAGAAAAAUCAGAUUGCUUUUUUAUUGGUGUGUACAAAAAGAAUAGAAAGAAGGGAGUUGAAUAGCUAGCAAUUUUGCAACAAGUUAUUUUAGUGUCGUGUAGAUAUAAGGAGAGUGUAGUUUGCAGUAGAUAAGUGAUUGUUGAUUUUAAUUAACCAAAAAGUGCUAAGUACCUACUAACCUGAGCCUAGGAGGAAAGAUAUGAUAUAACUUGGAUUCAUAUAUUUGCCAAUAGGUUAUGUUCCUGGAAAUAUAAUUCCUUUAUUCAUUCAGUAAGUAUUAAUUGAGCACCUGUUAUGUGGCAGGCACUGUGCUAGGUGAUGGGGAUAUUAAUGGUGAACAAGGAAGACAUGGUUCCUGCCUAUAGUCGAGUGGUGUGGGGGUUGAGGGAAGACACUAAUCAAAUAAUCACACAAAUAUAUUGUUACAAAUAUAAGUGCUGUGGUAGGGAAAAAAAUGGGGAGUUGUAAGACUAUAAAACAUGGACACUAUACCUAGCCUGAGUGGUGACCUGAGAAAGCUUUCCUGAAGAAAUUUGAAAGGGUUGGGGAUGGGAGAAGAAUGUUCUGGGUAGAGGCUCUGAGGCAGCAGGGAGUGUGGAGCUUAGUAGGAACUGAACCAAGGUCAGUGCUGUUGGAGGGCAAGGGGGACGUGGUUCAACAUAAGGCUACAGAGGUGGCAGGGACCAGAUCAUAAAUGACUCAGUAGAGAAUGAAUGAAUGAAUGAGCAUGGAUAUAGUUUAUAACAUGAAUGUGAGUCCUACUGUCUCCAGUCACUAGUAUAAAAAUAAAAGAAGUUUGCAAUUGUAUAAUGACUGCUGUUUGGGAGAAGGUAUUCAUUCAUUCAUUCACUCAUUCAGGCAUAAGAACAAGACAAAAUCCCCACUCAUGUGGAUUUUACAUUCUAGUGGAACAGGCAGAUAAUACGCCAAUAAGCAAAUAUAUAGGUUUUGUGGUAAUUUUAUUUAUGAAUAUGUGGUGUGGAUGUGAGUGUUGUUUAGAUGAAAACAAAAAUUGUAUCUCAUCUAAGUGUGAUGAUUCCUCUGUUUAAAGUUAUAUGCUCUUGCAGUGCUAAGACAUGCUGAAUGCAGGUGUUCUUCAUAGUACUCAGAUCAUAGUCAAUGACUUUGGAGAAAUACCAAGAGAGGAAAACAAGAGAGGGGAGCUGUGGGGUUUCUAUUAGUUUGUUUUUGUUUUGAGGGAAGUAAUAAUACCAUUGCCCUCACUGUAGCUAACCACCUCUUCCUGGAGUGGUCGAGGAGGAUGAGAAGAACAAUGAAAAGGCUUAUAUGAAAGUAACUGAGUCUGAUACUGAUCAAGAAGGAUCUUAGAAGGAGAAUAUUUCAAAGCCUGUCUACUUCUUUGUACAGAAAGAGCUUAUAUACCUUAUUAUAUACUUUACAGAUUUUUCACAUUUCUAAAAAGAGUUCACAGCUUACAGUUGAUGUAUACAGAUAAAGAGAGGUAUUUCUUUCCCAUGCUCCUAAAAGUUGUUAUUAAAUUCAUGGUGCAUCUUAAAAACAUCACCAAUUUACAAUUCAGAAAAUAAUACAUACCUGGAACCUUGUUUGAGUUUUUUGGUUGUGCCUGUCUUUUGUGAAGAUCUGCUUGAAGACUUCUGAUGACAAUGUUUACAUAUCUGAGUAUAAAGUAUAGAUUACCAUUGAUGGAAUUUAACCAGGGCACCUGCGAAGGUCACCUUGGUUGCAAAUUUUGGUUGCAAAAUUCAGAGGGUAGGUAGUUCAUUAGCUGAAAAGGCAGUAUAAUACUUAGAUGUUUAAUUUUCAGGGAUUUCUGUGUUUCUGGUUUUCACGUUGUAUAAAUCAAAGUGAUCAUUUCUAUAUAUGCCAAGAUUCUCGGAUCUGAGAGGAAUGAUGGAAAUGUUAGUUUAACCUUGAGUGCAGGGUUUCUCAAUUGCACAACUAUUGACAUUUUAGACCAGAUAAUUCUUUGUUGUGAAGGGCUGUCCUGUGCAUUAUAGGAUGUUUGGCAGCAUCCUGGUGCCAGUAGCACCCCUGCAGUCGUGACAACUGUCUCCAGACAUUGCCAAAUGUCUCCUAGAGGACAAAAUCUCUCCCGGUUGAGAACUACUGCUUUAGGCUAUCGUAAUCAGCGACUCACAUGCUGUUGUUUCAGCUUUGCAUUGUGAUCAUGUUAAAUUCUAAACACAGAGCUUUCAGUUUAACAGGAUGGUAUCUUGGUAGUUCUAUAGAUCUUACACUACAAUAAAACCAGAAUGAGAAGACAAAAUAACUAGAUUUAGCCUAAGGUGUGGAAGCCUAAUAUUGUAAUAUGUUUUUCUGGAGAUAUACACUUUGAGAGCCUCAUUUGAUUUACCUUAUAAAAUUCUACCCUCAAUAUUUAAAACUCAGUGGUUCAGCUAUUUUCCUUAAAGGUAUGGAUCUUAAUGUGGCAGAAGACUCCAACUCAGUCAGCUGCAAGAAUUAAUAGCCUUUUGGUGACACAGAGAAACUUAAAUGAGGCACAUUUAAUGAGUUCAAUUCUUGUUUUAUAGGAAGCCGGGAAGAAGAGGGAGAAAAGAAAGUGCUGCUCUUGUGUACUUUGGUGAUGGUACUUGACAUUUUAGUUUAAUGUUUCCUUAAUAUCUGUGGCUUAAUCAAAGUUUCUGAGAAUGGGAAGGAUGUGUUCUCUCUGUCACUGUUAAGCUAUGAAAUGAUGUUUAAAAUUACUUUAAUCAUACAUGAUUAGAUCUUCUAAAGUGGUAUUUUUUUAUGCUUUGGUGCUAUGGGAAUACUUAAGAUUGUGUAAGUUUACUUGGACGUAUAGAUAAUAUCUGAUACCAGUAAGAGAACUAUUUUUUAAAUUCCUUUUUAUUGUUAUUAUUUAUGUCAUUUAAAGGCCUCCUGCUCCAAAGUGUUAUAUAUGGGUUCAAAGAGGCAAAUAUUAUCUUUUAAAAUAGUUUCCUUUAUGACACUAUCAUCUUCAAGAAUAUUUGAAGACUUCCCAUUGACUCCAUAAUAAAGUUCUAAUUCCUCUUCAAGGCCCUCUACUAACUGGCUGCAGUCUACCUCUUCUGAGUUGUCUCCAUUACCUCCACUUGUUCCUGUGCCCAUAUCACACUCCAACUACAUCCUUACACUUGUCCACCUUAUUAUCUCUACCGCCCACCUUCCUAUCCACCCUAAGGUAUCAUUGCUUCCUUGGAACUUUCCCAGAUUUUCUUAGUUGGAAUUAAUCUCUUUCUCUUUUUCUGUAAUGCAGUGAAAAUACUAAACUAGACUUUAUUAAACUACCUGUGAGAAGAACUGUAUUAAAAAAUCUUUUUAUUGCGUUAAAAUAUAUAAAUAACGUAGACUUUGCCAUUUUACAUGUUUUUUAGCAUACAGUUCAGUGGCAUUAAUCACACUCACUAUGUUGUGCAACUCUCAUGACCAUCUAUUUCCAAAGCUUGUUCAUCACCAAACAGAAAUUCUGUAACCCUUAAAUGAUAACAUCUCCCUCUAGGCUCUCCCCAGCCGCUGGUAAGUACUAAUCUACUUUCUGUCUCUGUGAAUUUGCCUAGUCUAGAUAUUUUGUGUAGGUGGGAUUAUACAAUAUUUGUCCUUUUGUGUCACUUAGCACAAUAUUUUCAAGGUUCGUCCAUAUUAUAGCAUGUAUCAGAACUGAAUUUCUCUUUAUAGCUGACUAGUAUACCAUUGUAUGUAUAUACCACAUUUUGUUUAUACAUUCAUCUAUUUAUGGACAUUUGUAUUGUUUCCACUCUUUGGCUAUUAUGAAUAAUGCUACAAUGAACACUGAGGUGCAAAUACCUGUUUGAGUCCCUGCUUUCAUUUCUUUGGGGUAGAUACCUGGGAGUGGAAUUGCUGGGUCAUAUGGUUAUUCUAUGUUUAAAUUUUUGAAGAACCAUCAAAUUGUUUUAUACAGUGCCUAUAUCAUUUCACAUUCCCACCAGCAAUGGAUAAGGGUUCCAAUUUCUCCACAUCCUUGCCAACACUUGUUAGUUUCUGUCUUUUUGAUAAUAGAGCCCUGGUGGCACAGUGGUUAAACACUUGGCUGCUAACUGAAAGGUCGGUGGUUCAAACCCACCAGCUGUUCCCUGGGAGAAAGAUGUGGCAGUCUGCUUCUAUAAAGAUUAUAGCCUUAGAAACCCUGUGAGCAGUUCUACUCUGUCCUAUAGGAUCACUGUGAGUUGGAAUUGACUCUGUGACAAUGGACAUGGAGUAGGAGAGAAGUGACAUCUUAUUGUGGUUUGAUUUGCAUCUCCCUUGGAACCCCUUUGGGGCAGUUUUACUCUAUAGUGUUGCUAUGAGUAGGAAUCAACUCAACAGCAACAGGUUUGGUUUAAUUAAUGAUUAAUAAAGGCGUUCUGGUGGUGCAAUGUUUAAGUGCUCAAUUGCUAACCGAAAGGUUGGUGGCUCAAACCUACCAGUGGCUCCACAGGAAAAAAGACCUGGUAAUCUGCUCCCAGAUUACAGCCUAGGAAACCCUAUGGGGCAGUCCCACCCUGUCCUUUAGGGUCAUUAUGAGUCGGAGUAGGCUCAAUGGCAUACAAGAACAACAAUGAUUAUUGAUGAUCAGUAUCUUUUCAUUUGGUUACUGGCCUUUGUAUAUCUUCUUUGGAGAAGUGUCUAUUCAAGUCCUUUGCCCGUUUUUUAGUUAGAUUUUUUUUUUUUUUAGUUGUUAGAUUUUCUUUUUAAUUUCCAGUUCAUCCCAGGCUAAUAUGUGUCCUCCUGUCCAUAACCAGUACUUAGAUCCCACCACAUGAGACUCACCGUGCAAGCCUGGCAAUAUCCAAACUGCUCUAUACCCCAUUCAGCAAGAUGAGUACACUGAUCACACAUUUGGAUGGUGCAACUAUGUCCAACUGCUGUAAAAUUUCCAAACAGUUGAUCUCAGUGCCUGUACUUACCUUGUUGCAGUGUGAUAAAAAUAGUUCAUGGUGUGGCACUGGUGCACAGACUAUACCUGAGUACUGCCCUAGACUAUAAACCCCAGGAAGACAGAGCCCGUGGCUGCUUUUUUCAUCAUUAUAACUCCAGCAUCUGGCAUUGCCUCUAACAUAGUAAGCACAUUUAUUACAUUUUGAAAUGAUUAUCCUAUAAACAGGAGUACCUGUCUCAAAAGUAUCUCGGGCUAGAUCUUGAUCAUUUUUUAGCACCUAUGGGAUUAUCACAAAGGCUUUCUUGUAUCAGAAAAUAGAAAUGAGUGAGAAUAUCAAACCAAUUUAAAAAAUAUGUGUAUAUACACAUGCUGUUUUCAAGGAAAUCUGUUAAAACAUAAACCCAGACUCUUAGUGCUGGUCUGACCUUUAAAAAUUAAGAUUGCUUGAUCGAUAAUUUAAUUUUUUUCAAUAGGUAAUUGCAAAAAAAAUUCACUUAAUUUAAGUUCAUUUAAGUAAAAUAUGGAAAGCUUAAUAGAAAUCUAAAGCAUUUACCCUGUUAAAUAGAAAUACUGAGAAAUUAUCUGAGAAAAAUGUGUUCCUAAUACCAAACACACACACACACACACACAAAAGUAUAUUUAAAACCAAAAUGGCUUUCCUUUACGCAGCUCAAGGGAAUACACUGAAACUCUUGAACAGUCUAAAAUUGCAUUUCUGAAAAUGAGAAUCACAUGGAGUUAGUUUAGCAUCUACCACUGUAAUUUCUACUGGGAAAAACACCUGGGAUAUGAGUAGUGUUUUAAAAAAUUUUUAAUGUAAGAGAUUCAUAAUACAUUACUUUACAAUGCUAUUUGAACAUAUGUUUCUAACUUCCAGUAUUUCUAAAGUGUCUUUUUAAAUUGGUAAAAGGGAGCUGCAGUUGAAUGUUCAUAUUUUUCACUGAAUAUUUCAUUAUAUUAAAGUUAACAGCCAAGAAAAACAAGGACAUUUACUGUAUGUUUUUCCCACCCUUAUUAAAAAAAAAAUAGCCACUUACUUUUCCAUGGAACGUUUGUUAUUUCUGGGAAACAUAUGGCAUAUGACCAGAACCAUAAUUAGUAACAGUUUGAUGUUAUAGGAAUUGAGAGCUUCGUUGGAUCAGUAGCUUCCUCUGAAAUAUAAAAACAGCAAAUGUAGAUCCUAAGGGUAUAUUCUGAGGCUAGCUUUUCACUCCUUUACAACUGUGGAAUUUACUUGUUUUGAUGACGAAGAACUUGUUUGAAACAUCUUGUAAACACUUUCACAGAUUUUCCCCAGUGCCAGAAGGAGGCACUGGUCUAAGCAUUUUACGUACAUCAACUCGUUUAAUUGUCAUAACAACAAAUGAGAAAACAAAGAACCCAAAAUGAAACAUUACUUUGCUCAAAGUCAAUUAAGUAAAAAAUUGUGUAGAUAGGAUUCUUUCAGGGAAUCUGGCUCCAGAGUCUGUGUUCUAAUUUUUAUGCAGUACUGUAACUUGUGCUAUUUGCUUCUCCAAAAAGAUGAAAAGUUCCAAAUUUUCACUGGUAGAGUCUUGCUGAAGAGGUUAUUCUCUUGUGAAUUUUUCACUUAAUAAUAAUAAUAAAAAAAACCAAACCAGCUGCUGUUGAGUUGAUUCUGAUUCAUGGCGACCCAAUGUAUUUCAGAGUAGAACUGUGCUUCAUAGGGUUUUCAAUGGCUGUGGUCUUUCAGAAGUAAAGUGCCGGGCAUUUCUAUCGAGGCACCUCUGGGUUAAUUUGAACUGCUGAAACUGUCGGUUAGUAGUUAAGUGCUUAACCACGUGUGCCACCCAGGGACUCCUUUUUCUGCUUAAUUAAAAAAGAAAAAAAACCCUUUGCCAUCGAGUCAAUUCCAACUCAUAGCAACCCUAUAGGACAGAGUAGAACUGCCCACUAGGGUUUCCAAGGAGCGGCUGGCGAAUUCAAAUUGCUGACCUUCUGAUUAGCACCCAAGCUCUUAACUACUGCGCUGCCUAGUAGCUUGGAAAUGCUGGCUAGCUGGGGAAUGCUGGGUAACUGGGGAAUUCUGGGUAACUAGGGGGGGAUCAGGGUUCAUUAGUUGGCAGUACACCCUGAGCAACUUUUUCAGCAGCUGCAAACCAGACUUGCGUCAUCAUUACAGAUUCUGGGUCUGGCCUAUUCUCGCACAGGAUCCCAAAAGUAGUUUUAUCUUUGAAUUGUAAGGAAGAAUAUUGGUAGAACCACUUGCACCAAAUCUUUAAGUGUGUUUGAAAUUCAUAAUUUUUAAGCACUUGCUAUGUGUACUCUGUGUGUACAUACCCAGUAGCUGAGAGGAGACAUUUCAGAGAAAGAAUGUGUGCUCAUUUUUUAAUUUUUUAUUUAAGAUUUAAAAACACUGUAGAGGAGUGGGCUAGCAGGUGGGCCCGUAGACUUUUCACUAAGAGAUUUACCACUGAAUUCCAAUACACAUCCCAGCCAAGUGGCAAAGGAUAACUUUUGCUUUGUGUUGGAAGCCAUGGUUGCUGAGGCUGAUUAUUCACAGAAGUAAGGCAAAGCAUCUUGUCAGUCUCAAAGUGUAGUUUGUCCCAUCCUGUGUUACUAAUGCAGUUAUGAAGGACUUGAAAAUGCAACAUUGGUAGCAACAUGUAUAAUAGUAUUUAACCUUUUGAGCAGCAGCAGCAAGUAUUAUGUCUUAUAAAAUGUCCUGGUCGAUAUUUUCAUUUUCUUUCCAUCUAACAUUGUUUGCAUCCAUUGCCGUGGUAUUAAGUGAAGUGCUUACACUGUGGCUUGGCAGGGUGGGUUUAGGUAUACUCCCUUAAGCACAGAGAUCAGCCUAAAAGCUGGCAUUAGCCCAAUCUAGAACCAAAAGGAAAUUACGCUACAGGUAAGAAAGAGUAGAAAAUGAAUGCUAAAACUCUAAUGUUCUGUAUAAAGCUGUAAUUUUCACUGCUGGUACAUGUAUCAUGGUGGUGAUGUGGGAACUUGCUGUAAUACUUUCUAAGCUAUUUUCCUUGUUGGCACUGAUAUUUCAGGCAGCCACCAGAGUCCAUAAUAACCCAAAGCGAACAUAAUCCCUAUUCCUCGUGAAAUGGCAACACUUUCACUAAAAACGGUGCCAGAAUUCUUCUCUCAUUUACUCUUCACUGUGUGUUUUGGAGAGCAAGUUGGUGUCUGGGGAGAAUUUGAUCUAGAUGGACUUCUACCCAAGCCCUCUCUUCUUUCCCAAAAUAGCAACUGUACAUCUGAGAAUCUUGGCAUCCCUUUACCAUCUACCUUUUCUCUCUCUCCACAGUCAUCUUAGCUUGGUUUCUUAAAUUCAGCCAUGGCGUAUGCAUGGUAUUCUACCUUGACUUCUUCUGUCCUACCGGAGGGCAAGAAAUCCCAAGGGUUGGGGCCAUCUGGCAAGAAAAACUAUCUCUGAAGAGGCUUGGACAAUGGUGGGAGGAAAGAGGAGCCAGCCUUCCUUCAUAAAAACAAUGGAGGAAGAAUCAGUUCACUGCUAGAACAGAAAAGAAAAAAAAAAGAACAGAGGCAGCCAUUAAUCCUGGAGGUGAGAGCUGUUCUAUUUGGAAUUGCCACCCAAUGAUUGAUGUCGGUUCAGUCCCAAGACUUGCGGAGGAGCUUUUUGGAUUUGAAUCACUGAAUUCUCACUGCCAGGAUGGGGAAGCAGAACAGUAAGCUGCGCCCGGAGGUCAUGCAGGACUUACUGGAAAGCACAGACUUUACAGAACACGAGAUCCAAGAAUGGUACAAAGGCUUCUUGAGAGACUGCCCCAGUGGACAUUUGUCAAUGGAUGAGUUUAAGAAAAUUUACGGGAACUUUUUCCCUUAUGGGGAUGCUUCCAAAUUUGCGGAGCAUGUCUUCCGCACCUUCGAUGCCAAUGGGGAUGGAACGAUAGACUUCAGAGAAUUCAUCAUAGCCCUGAGUGUGACGUCCAGAGGGAAGCUGGAGCAGAAGCUGAAAUGGGCCUUCAGCAUGUAUGACUUGGAUGGCAAUGGCUACAUCAGCAAGGCGGAAAUGCUAGAGAUCGUCCAGGCAAUCUAUAAGAUGGUUUCAUCCGUAAUGAAAAUGCCUGAAGAUGAGUCGACCCCAGAGAAAAGGACAGAAAAGAUCUUCCGCCAGAUGGACACCAAUAGAGAUGGAAAACUCUCCCUGGAAGAGUUCAUCCGGGGGGCCAAAAGUGACCCAUCCAUCGUGCGCCUCCUGCAGUGUGACCCGAGCAGUGCCGGCCAGUUCUGAAGUCUCCCCAGUGAAUCCCAGAGCUGUUCAUGUUCCCUUUUGAUUCUUCUUUUUAACCAUUUUGCCAAACAAUAUUGAUGGUGAUGCUGUCCCCUGUGCGGCCAGACGCGCCUUCCUCUGUGACGCCUUCUGCUUCUUUUGUCGUGGAUGCUUCGUGGGAAUGCCCGGUGCUCCAACACGCUUGUGGAGAGCAUGGACAGUGCUGUCGUAAACAGACUCUGUGGUGUUCGUUGUUCCAACGAUGCUUAAUCAUUAUUGUUAUUAUUUUUUUUUCUUUCUAUUCUAAUGUCUAUUCUGAAACCAAGACUUGAUGAGGCAAGAGAAGGGAACAAAUCCAGCCCAGUGAUUCUACCGCAAGCUUUGAGAAACUUGUUUGAAAGAUGGAAACGCCUGCCUGGGUGGUUGUCACACACACCCUAGAGGUAAUAGACUCCCCAAGAACAAGCUACUCUCUGGGUCAAGGCUAUGAAAGGGACCUGGAGAAUUCCCCCAUGGAGGUUCACUCCACACUCUUCGUCAGAAGGCUGUAGUUUCUAAGCUGUGAACAUUUUAAGGUAAACAGAAGAGAGGAAAAAGAUGGCUCAGCUAUUUUUUCACAAGUUUACAUUAGUUGAGCUGAUAUGAGUUUCUGUGGAAAUUAAACACAAAUGGUAACUUGUAUUCCAAAACCAGACCCAUCUUGUUGCCUAUUGUGACUUAUAAAAAAAAAAAAAAAAAAGUCUACUGUAUAUAAAACAUUGGGUAUUGCAGACCAAUAAGUAUUUUGCCUUGUUUAAAUGAAAUGCAUGUUUAGUGAGCACUAAUACAAUCUUAUUCCAGAUGACUGUUUGUAGUAGCUUAUUGUGAAGUAAGCCCCCUAUAAUGAAUGUCUAUGUCUUGUUUUAAAGUCGUAUCUGUCUUUGCACAAAUGCACCAAGCAACAGGUAUAUUUUAGAUAUACCAGGGAAGUAAAAAGUAACCAUGACUAAGGCCCAACCUUAAUUUUGAAUGGUUUUCCAGAGUGGCAGAGCCUGAAGAAUGACAGGGCAGGUCAAAUGGGACACAUCCACUGGAGCACCACGAAGCUAAGUACGAGAGAGGAGAGGCUGGUGGUUUGUCCAUCGAGCCCAUCAACUCAUUGGCAGCCUUAGAUUAAAGAUGUCAUGUUUUUCUGAGCAUGUCAAUAUUCUGCAGACCUGAAAAAAAUAGUAUGAAUUCUCAGGAUCUCCCAAUGGUUCAACCUACAUGCAUGGUUAGGGAGUCAUAUUUAGAAUUUUCUUUUUUCCAUGCCCAAACACCCUUGAGAAAGUCAAAGUUGAGCAGUCAUCUGAUUCAUGGUGAAGGUGGCUUGGGCAAGUGCUACUAUGGUUUCCAAGGCCCACUAUGAGGAAUCCAAUAGUAUUUUCCAUCACUAAGUUCUCUGAAUAUAGACUUCUAUUUCCAGAAGUGACAGCACAAGUUGAGUUGCUGUUUGGUCUGGUGACCUAGCAUACACUAAUUUGAACUAAAGGCAAAGAGUAAAAACUGCUGAUCGCGGACAAGUUGCGUUCUUCAAACAGUUGACAUGAGGAGGCUCCAAUACUCAAGGAUGUAGACGAGAGACCUGCUGCAAGGAAAGCACAGAGGUCCCCAGUGGGUCUCUCUGCUGCCAAGCUAUUUCCUGUAGAACGUGAACCACAGAAAGAUAAACCUCAUAAAAACAAGGAAAACGAUGCUGAGUCCAUUCUAACCUCCAUGUUCUUGUGUGUUACUUGAGUCCAUUUUAGCUGGUAACAAAAAUCCAAAUUUGUUUGGUUGGCCAAAAUGAACCAACUCUGCAGGCUGAGUUUUGAAACCCAGGCUCAGUAAAAGAAUUUUCAUGAUCUUCCUCUGAGUGUCCAUUCCUCAUAGUAGUUCUGUACCGAGACUUGCCAAAUUUCUUUGUGGACCAACUAGUCAAAUUUGGUUUUGAAAAACAAAGAAUUAAUGUAAGACAGGAGUGCAGAGUGGGUGAGGGUCAGCAUACUCUAUUGAUAGUAUUCCAGGAAUUGCCUCUCAGUUUUUCCUGUUCUCAGUUGAAGACCUAAUUCCUCCUUUUAAUUCUCUUUGGAUGGGUGGAAUCAGUUAAUGUUUGGGAAAGCCUGCCUAGGCUCUGCCACUAGUUAUGACAUCUUGUUGAGCCAGACUCACUCUGUCUCCUGGAACCCAGAGCUGGAGUAGGGAGCAGAGAAGAGGGCCUCCAGCUGUUCAGGAAAGAAAAAAGUGCCAGUUGCAUGGCUAAUGAAUGCCAACACUCCCCAGAAUGUACUGACAUAGUCCUCAUCCUGGCCUGCCACUGACCCUGUCUGUACUUUCUCAAGGGUUGGUUUUCUCUUUCUCUUUCUUCCAAGGAAGGCCUUUGUAUGUCUUUAAUCCAAUGCACACAAGUCUGUCCAAGGGACUCUGCAGCACCCAGAAGGCUGAAUGCUUAAAAGUUUGUCAUUCCCUUACUGGGCUAUUCAUUGUCAUUGCUGUGUUCAGGGAUCUCUGGAAAUGGAGUCUGUUCUGUCUGAAAUAAAGCCAGCCUGUGAUGUUCAAGGGAAUGAAAUAAAGUGGCUUACAACCUGAAGGACUCUACAGAGUGCUCAGCUGUUUCAUACCUUUCUUUGGGGUGGGGAAGGGAUACUGAGGGCACUGUCCCAUUGGUAUGCCUCAGGGAUGACUUGUCUACAAGUGGAUCUAAUAACAUAUAUUUAUAAAUCACAUUACAUGGAGUGGCCACUAUAUCAGUUGAUUUUGUGUCGCUCUUUUGUCUGGCAUUAAAGCAUGUUUAUUUUUUAAUAUGGUUACCUGGAACAUGAGCGUUUCAUGCCUACACUGCUGCCUCAGCUGAACCUGUAACUUACUGGGGCUCCAGGUGUUGAUACUGGUCUCCCCCUGGGUAUAGUUCCUGCCUUCGAGGGACACAGGAACCACGGACUGUGAAUGAAGGGUUGAUUAUGGCAGCCAGUGAGGUGCUCAUUCACUCCUUCCUUUAUGGAACCUGCUGCGAGAAGCACAGUGGAUUGACGGCUCCAGCUGCCAUACCUUUGGAUCCACCUCGGUGUUCAUUCUGAGAUCCUGCUCACCUGGUGCUCCCAGUCAAUGACUGGGCCUGGGGGCAGAAUAUUAGAACUGGGUCAUUCUUGCCCAAGGUGAGACCCUUCCAGUGGGUGGUCUUUGCACAGGGACUCCCCAUUGGCCUGGCUCAGACUUUGUUAUAAUCAUGCUGUGGUCUGAGGCUCUUCCCACCCAAUCCUCCUUCCUUCCCUCUUACCUUUCAUAGGUGUCAGACGUGCCUUGCAGUCUGCAGGCUCACCCUAUCUACUCCUUCACUUUUCUCCUUUAUCCUUCACAAGCAUUUCUCCCAAUGCAUCCACUUUUGGGGGGGACCUGAAGUGACAGUGAUUCUGGUUGACGCCCUAGAAACACAGGGCUCAGACCCUCGAGUUGACAGCCUUCUCAGAGUUCAGAUUUGGUGGUCUGUCAUUACAAUGUGAAUGUCUAAGGGCAUGAAGGGUUUGUAUUAGGAUUAGGGUGAUGACAGAGCCCUGACUCUCCCAGGGCAAACCUCUAUUAUUAUGUUGAUGGAUGAUACCAGAGCACUAUUACUGCAUAUCUCCUCCUUUGAAGGCAGACUGUGUCUAAAUUGCCUCUCCCUGUCCCAACCCCACCUCCCAUCCCCCCUCACCCCCACCACCCUGCCACCCUGCCCAGCAUCUAUCAUGGUACCUGGUCCAUGGUAAAUGAACUGAAUUAAUAUAUAGGGAGGAAGGCAAGAGUUGAUACCAAAUCCUAUGGCACUGAUCACUGGUCACCCUUGCCUACCCAACCAGAGUCUCAAGGACAAGGAGGUGUGUGGGGGUGGCACACAUGGUGAGCAGAGUUCAUCACACAGCAGGACUGUGGCUGGCACAGGCUGAGGGAUGGACAGCCUCGGGGAGAUGUGGGGACCAGCUCCCCUACCCAGCAGGUCUGUGGUCAGUGCACUGCAACAUCCUAUCGAGACUAUGGAACGUGAAUCAGGAACAAAAGACCAUGUGGUCCCAUCUCUAGUCUCACAAUCUCUCCAGAAGUCUCAUCAAUAAGCACUUGUCCCAGCCUCCUCUUCCCUGCCAGCUGGUCCAGGCAUAAAGGCUACUAGGAAUACAUUGGAUUCGAAUUAGUCAGGGAAAGCUUCCUGAAGGCAAAUUUUCAGCCAAGAUUUGCAAGCUGUGGGCACAGAGAGAUAAAGUGAGAUGUGGAAGAACAUAGAAAUGCUACUUGUCUCAACAGAGGGAGUCUUAGGAAGAUAAUCAUGGAUAACGGUUAAAGGAAUGUAUGUGGAGGUUAGUGGGGUGGAUGGCCACUGAUGAAACACCAAUAAACAUUGGAAUAGUAAUCAGGGUGUUUGGAUUUGAACCAGCAGAGACUAGGGAUCCUGGACAUUCUAGAGGAGAUAGUUCGUGAUGAAAUUGGAGUUUGAGCCAUGUGGUUAACCUCUACGUAGAGGUUGGCCCGGAUGGGCUAAGGUACCGGAAAGGUCUUGUGAUUCAAGUGGGGGUGAGUAAGGCCGGGAGCGAGGAAGGGUAGAAGCGAAGAGACUGAGCUGGCUCUUUGUAAGUCACAGCAAAGGCCUCUUGAUUUCCUCAGUCCUCUUCUCAUUUGGAGUCCUGGUGGUACAGUGGUUAAGAGCCAGGCUGCUAACUGAAAGUGUGGCAGUUCAAAUCCACCAGCUGCUCCUUGGAAACCGUGUGGGGCAGUUCUACUUUGUCCUAUAGGGGUUGCUAUGAGUUGGAAUCAACUCGACGGCAACAGAUUUCUUCUUAUUUAGGAGUCCCUCAGUGAUGCAAAAAGUUAAUGUGCUCAGCUGCUAUCCGAAAGGUUGGAGGUUGAAGUCCACCCAGAGAUGUCUCGGGAAAAAGGCUUGGUGAUCUACUUCCAAAACACGCUACGGAGCACAGUUCUACUCACACACAUGGGACUGCCUUGAGUCGAAGCGGACUCCGCAGCAACUGCUUUUUUGCCCUAAUUUAACCUUGGGGUGGGGCCCAGCAAUAAGAGGAAAUGCAAACGCCCUCCUUGUUCAAGCCCAGGGCCAGAAAGUGCCUGGGGGAGCCCAGGAUCUACAAGGUCACAGCAGGGGUUUCCCCCAAUCAGGCAAAGAGCCCAAUACCCACCUCACAGAAAGCACCAGACACUGUUGCUUACUCUGAUGUUAUGAAUAUUUAUUUUUUCUUCUUAAAAAUGUACAAAAAAUAAAAUAACUAUUUAUAGAUUUCCCCCUCUCCCAUUUACAAAACUAUUAAGUUACGUUUACCUUUUUCUUUUAAUGUGAGAGCAAAUUGUACAAAUAUCAAUUUCCCUUGCUUAUCUUUAAGAAAGGGCUGUUCAUAGAAUUUGGCACAAACCCUCUAUUUCUCUUGCAUUUCCAUGAUUUUAAAUAAGAAGGAAAAUAAACAUUUGAUCAUUUCAUGCUUCCUAAGUCUCUGGUCUUUGUCUUUUAGGAACUAAUUCCAAGGUGACAUCUGAUUGUAUUAUUCUGUUAAUCCCAAUUUCCAAAUAUUUGUAAAGUCUAACCAAUUUGGGGAUGUAUAAGAAAAGCACUUGCUCCACGAGUCCCCCAUCUUCCAUGGUUGAAAAGGCUUAUUUAUUGAGUGUGACUAAGGAACAAAAAAAGGAAGAAGGGGCAGAUUUUCCUAUCUUUCUGGAGUGUUUUUACUUGGGAAGUUCUGUACCACAGGAUUCAUCAAAGCUCUGCUAAUAUACAAUGGGAAGGACACGUUAAAGCUAAGCCAUGGAAGCUCAAGGAGGCGAGGGGAGGGGAGUUAGAUGGGGGGUUAGAUGGUAAAGAUGGGGGACCAAUGGGAGGUAACACUCAGCACCAACCCUUGGUGGCCUCAUAUUCUUUGUUCUGGCAAAGACAGCUCAGGGGCUUAGGACAAACACAAAAGCAUCUCUGAUUUGUCCUGCCUUAGGGCAGGCCCAGCAAACAGUUGUCCAAAGAGGCUGGAGAGAGAAGGGUAGGUAGCCUGCACCAGGCUAUCAAAUAAUUUGUUUGUGGCUCCCUUACUCUGGAGUCUUAUGCCCCAGCCCAAUCAUAUUGGCCAUUACAUCUGCCAUCCAUGUUUGAAACCAUGUUUAGCCCAAAGAGCAUGGGAAGUGCAUAGUACAUCACAUAUUUCCAACACUGAAUUUGUCCAUCUUAGAGUGCAGUCCCAUUCAUACCCAGGAUGGUACCCAUGCUGCCAGUCCAGGGCAUGGCGGUCAUUGAGUCGAUGAGGAGGGGACAGAGUUGGAGCAGAGCAGAAUCCAGGAAGCAAACCCUUGCAACCACAGAGAGGGGUAAUGUGUCCAGAGGACACACAGAAAGGUGCCCCUUGGCCCCCACCCAGAGACCUUCUUGGACACAGCACCUGCUCUCUGGCCCAUGAAAUUGCUGUGCAGCAUCAAUGAGAAAUAGCCGGGCUGGCAGCAGCCCUCUGCCCUGUUCUGGGCCUCAGGACAGAUGAAGUGAAGGGGCAAGGAGUCCUGAGAGGGGGCCUCAGGUAAGACGUCAAAGUGCUUUACAAACAAUCUGGGCCCUUACAUAGAAACUGCCCUAGAUCAGGGCCUAGGGUGGCGGGAUGUGUCAGGCUACCCAAAAGCUAGUGCUUCAGUCUUCAAGGGUGCAUACAAACCCAUUGACCACCCACCUGUCCUCUCGAAGAGAACUGAGGCCCACCAUGUUUCACCACCGUGUGUUUGUUUAGGAAGCCUUUCUCCUCCUCUUCAUCUCCCAGGCAGGUAGCAGGGGGCAAGCAUUUGCUGUCCCAGGCCACCUUCUGAGGCUGGUGGCAGAAGAGCAGGGGCUCCUAGGACAUUCUCACCCACUCACUCACUUCCUCAGCAGCCCCCCGGGAGCAGCUAAUCCCUUUUCUGGUGCCUCUGGCAGGUGAGGCCCAUGAGGAAGCCGUGGCCUACUGGUUGCAGCCAAGCUGUUGGCACUGCUCUGAGAACUGCAGUUGGUCUAAAGGAGCCACUUGAGAUGAAGGAUGUGCUUGUAAACUGUUAGGCUCUACACAGUGUCCGGGAUUCCCAUCAUCACCAAGGAGUUCUGCAGCCAGCCCCAGCAACAGGGCCCUGACGGCAAAACCCCUAUAGAGUCCUCUCCAAAAAGCUCAGGG